UUUUUUUCUUUCCCCUCCCCCUCCCUCUCCCAAGCCGGAGGGGUCCUGAGGUGACAGCGCCUGCAACUGAAAUUUCAGCAGCGGGAGAAGAUGGACAAGAGAAAGCUCGGGCGACGGCCAUCUUCAUCCGAAAUCACCACAGAAGGAAAAAGGAAAAAGUCAUCUUCUGAUUUAUCGGAGAUAAGAAAGAUGUUAAAUGCAAAACCAGAGGAUGUCCAUGUUCAAUCACCACUGUCCAAAUUCAGAAGCUCAGAAUGCUGGAAUCUCCCUUUGCAGGGGUGGGAAAGAAGCCUAAGGAAUAAAGUCAUCUCUCUAGACCAUAAAAAUAAAAAACAUAUCCGAGGGUGUCCUGUCGCUUCCAAGUCUUCACCAGAAAGGCAACUCAAAGUUAUGUUGACGAAUGUCCUACGGACGGAUUUAGGACGAAAAUUCAGAAAGACCCUACCUAGAAACGAUGCUAAUUUAUGUGAUGCCAACAAGGUGCAAUCAGACUCAUUGCCUUCGACAUCUGUUGACAGCCUAGAGACAUGUCAAAAAUUAGAACCUCUUCACCAAAGCCUUAAUUUAUCUGAAAGGAUACCCAGAGUUAUAUUGACGAAUGUCCUGGGAACGGAGUUAGGAAGAAAAUACAUAAGGACCCCACCUGUAACCGAGGGAAGUUUGAGUGAUACAGACAACUUGCAAUCAGAGCUACUUUCUUCAUCAUCUGAUGGCAGCCUAGAAUCUUAUCAAAGUCUAAACCCUCACAAGAGCUGUUAUUUAUCUGAAAGGGGCUCGCAACGAAGUAAGACAGUAGAUGACAAUUCUGUGAAGCAGGCUGCACACAAUAAAGAAAAACAAAGAAAGGAUGAUGACAUUUCUCUUUUAAUGUCCGAUACUCAGCCUAAAGACCUUAACAGUGGAAGUAGAGGUUGUGAUCAUCUCGAACAGGAAAGCAGAAACAAGGCUGUUAAAUAUUCUGAUUCAAAAAUGGAACCCACUCUGAUUUCCAGGAAGACAAAGAGAAGGCUUAGAUAUAAUAUACCUGAUUCCCAAAAUUGUGCUUCUUUGGAUAAGUCAACAGAACAGACAAAAAAACAAGAAGAUGACUCAACAAUAUCCACUGAGUUUGAAAAGUCAAGUGAAAACUGUCAUCAGGAUCUAAAACUGCCUGAAGAAAUUACAACUAAACCUACAAAAAGUGAUUUUACUAAACUAUCCUCAUUUAACAGUCAGGAGUUGACUUUGAGUAACACCACCAAAAGUGCCUCUGCCUGUUCAACCACUGAAACUGUUGAGAACUCUAAUUCCGUUGAUACUGUAGGGAUUUCUUCCCUGGUUGAGAAGGAUGAGAAUGAGUUGAAUACAAUAGAAAAGCCUGUUCUAAGAGGACAUAAUGAAGGGAACCAAUCAUUGAUCUCAGCUGAACCAAUUGUUGUUUCCAGUGAUGAAGAAGGACCUGUUGAGCAUAAAAGUUCAGAAAUUCUUAAGUUACAAUCUAAGCAAGACCAUGAGACAACUAAUGAAAAUGAGAGUACUUCUGAAUCAGCAUUGUCAGAACUACCAUUGAUUUCACGUGAAUCUGUACAGAUGUCAUCUGAAUUAUGCCCGUAUAAUCCUGUCAUGGAAAACAUUUCCAGUAUUAUGCCUAGUAAUGAGAUGGAUCUACAACUGGAUUUUAUAUUUACUUCUGUUUAUAUUGGUAAAAUUAAAGGAGCUUCUAAAGGUUGUGUUACAAUCACAAAAAAAUAUAUUAAGAUCCCAUUUCAAGUGUCGCUGAAUGAGAUUUCAUUGCUAGUGGAUACCACACAUUUAAAGCGGUUUGGGUUAUGGAAAAGUAAGGAUGAUAAUCACAGUAAAAGGAGUCAUGCUAUUCUUUUCUUCUGGGUCUCUUCGGAUUAUCUUCAAGAGAUUCAGACCCAAUUAGAACACUCUGUAUUAAGCCAGCAAUCAAAAUCUAGUGAAUUCAUUUUCCUUGAACUAUACAAUCCUGUUUCACAAAGAGAAGAAUUGAAGCUGAAAGAUAUGAUGAUGGAAAUAAGUAUAAUUAGUGGAGAAUUAGAACUUUCUUAUCCAUUGUCUUGGGUUCAGGCAUUUCCUUUGUUUCAGAACCUCUCUUCAACAGAAAGUUCUUUUAUUCAUUAUUACUGUGCUUCAACUUACUCUUUCCCUGCUGGUGUUGCUGUUGCUGAAGAAAUGAAGCUGAAAUCAGUAUCUCAGCCCUCAAACACAGAUGCAGCCAAGCCUACUUACACCUUCCUGCAGAAGCAAAGUAGUGGUUGCUACUCCCUUUCUAUUACAUCUAAUCCAGAUGAAGAAUGGCGAGAAGUCAGGCACACUGGACCUGUUCAGAAGUUGAUUGUAUAUCCUCCACCACCUACUAAGGGGGGAUUAGGAGUAACUAAUGAAGAUCUGGAGUGUUUAGAAGAAGGAGAGUUUCUUAAUGAUGUAAUCAUUGAUUUUUACCUUAAGUAUCUUAUAUUGGAGAAGGCAUCAGAUGAACUUGUUGAACGAAGUCACAUUUUUAGUAGCUUUUUCUAUAAAUGCUUGACAAGAAAGGAAAAUAAUUUAACAGAAGAUAAUCCAAAUCUUUCAAUGGCACAGAGAAGACAUAAAAGAGUAAGAACAUGGACUCGUCACAUAAACAUUUUUAAUAAAGAUUACAUCUUUGUACCUGUAAAUGAGUCGUCUCACUGGUAUCUCGCAGUCAUUUGUUUUCCCUGGUUAGAAGAAGCUGUGUAUGAAGAUUUUCCACAAACUGUAUCCCAGCAGUCCCAGGAUCAGCAGUCCCAAAAUGACAACAAAACAAUAGAUAAUGAUCUACAUACUACUUCGACAUUGUCUUUGAGUGCAGAGGAUUCCCAAAAUACCGAGUCGAAUAUGUCAGUACCAAAGAAAAUGUGUAAAAGGCCAUGUAUUCUUAUACUAGACUCCUUGAAAGCUGCUUCUGUACAAAACACAGUUCAGAAUUUACGAGAGUAUUUAGAGGUCGAGUGGGAAGUUAAACUAAAAACUCAUCGUCAAUUCAGCAAAACAAACAUGGUGGAUCUAUGCCCUAAAGUUCCUAAACAGGACAAUAGCAGUGAUUGUGGAGUAUAUUUAUUGCAAUAUGUGGAAAGCUUCUUCAAGGAUCCUAUUGUUAAUUUUGAACUUCCAAUUCAUUUGGAGAAAUGGUUUCCUCGUCAUGUAAUAAAGACCAAACGGGAAGAUAUUCGAGAGCUCAUCUUGAAACUUCAUUUACAGCAACAGAAGGGCAGCAGUAGCUAGUUAAUCUGUACAAACAUGACACAGAUGUUCUCUAAGAUUACUGGAAAGCCUCUUACCAGCAUUUGUGUUAGCCAGCUCACAGAGAAGAAAAUAACUUGCAGUAGUUUUAUAAUAAGUCAUUGGAACAUUAUUUAAAAUACAUAGGAUAUAUUAUUAGAAUUGUUGGGAUCUUAUAAAUGAAGUGGGAAUGGGGGUGAUAAAGAUAAACUUAUUAGAUAUAAAUUAAAAUUUUAUAAAUAUUUCAUAUUUUUCUGAGUAAAUAUGCUUGGAUUAUGCAAUAGCAUAUGUAAUAUGGGAAUGUUUUGUAGAUAAUAAAACUUAUGUGAUCUGUACUUCCACAUGACUGGGUGUUGAGGGGAGUUAAAGCCUCCCUGGUGCCAGCCCCAGUGCUUGUCAAAUUUGUUGGCAAGUCACAUCAUAUUGUAAUUCUAUUCUUUGCAGCUCAAGCAUGCAGUAUGAAUACUGUGUAUUUUUUAAAAAAGAAUUUAGUAUCAAGGCUUCAGAAAAUGCCAUUUAUGGCAUCCCUUCUGUAUGUAACAAAAAGACAUUCUUAAUGUUAGGAAGAUUAUAAAAAUUCGCUCUUUUAAAGUGCAGCUUAUUAUUUUCAAUUGCUAAAUGCGAUUACUCUGCUCUAUUUUUUUUUUCAUUUCUUUUGAUGUCAUAUGUGAGCAUCCUAUAAUUUAGUUCAUUUGUUCAGGGUAAAAUCUGAAACAAAAAAUUUUACCUGUGCAAAAUAGUUUUUUAAAAAUUAUCCAUGUAGCUCAACUUGAGGUACUGCUAUAUAAAUAUUCACUCUUACAUUAUCACGGAAUUUAUGUAUAGUUUCUGUAAUAUAGAAGAUAAAAUUGGUGUCCUCAUAACUUUAACAAAGAAAACCUUCAGUCCUAUUUAUUAAUGGUUAGAAUUAAAUAUAUAAUUUUAUAGCUCAAUUUACCCAGUAUUCAUUUGCAAAGCCAGAUUGCUCUUACUGCUUUUAUAUUUUUAAAUUGUAGCUUUUAGAGACUUAUGAUCCUCAUGGAACUUAAUUUUUUAUUAAAUAUUCAGGUAACAGUUCUGAAUUCAUGUGAUAAUGGUGGCAUUGUGUAUGAUUAAGCACUUCAGAACUUUCUAAUGUUAUCAGGAGUAUUUUGAGGGAGAUAUGAUUAUAUUGUAUUUUCUCAGAUAAGAAAAAUGUUUUUUAAAAAUAUUAUUUUAAUCUGUUUUAAGCAUCUCUUAGAUUUACAUUAUAACUGUAAGCAGUGAAGCAAAGGCAAUUUAAGAUAAAGCUAGAAAGUCUGAACAUUUUAUUUCAAAAUCAUAUGAAUUGAGGUUGUCAGUUAAGCCUCAGUAUUCUUAGCUUUUGAUUUUGUCACUAUCUUUAUAUUAUUAAAGAUAUUUGUCUUUUGGAUAUUUCAUAUAAAGAUGGCUAUAAUUACAUAUUUCAUUCCCAAUUUGUGUGUGUUGGGGGGUACUUUUAAAGGUGACUAUUGUUUUGUACAUCUAAUUUUGGGAAAGCAAGUCUAUAAGUCAUCUUGUGAUUUCUUAACGUUUUUGUUUGUAUGUUUUUCAAAGAUACCACUGUCCUUUAUCAUGUUUUGAAGAUUGUUUAAAAUUCAUUUUCCUAAAUUAAUGUGCAAAUAAUGUUUUGAGGAUAUCAGUGUUUUAUAUUAAACAUAUUUCCAAUUAAUUAAAUUGAGGUGUAAUUUUUUUCCUUAAGAAACAUGAGUUACUGUUAGAAAUAAAUUUCCAGUUGUAUGCUG